AUGAAUUCAGAGAGGAGAGAAAAAGGUGACAAGGUGAAUCAAUACGUUGGUGUUCGAAAGAGGCCAUGGGGAAAGUUUGCCGCGGAGAUAAGAGAUUCGACAAGAAAGGGGAAGAGGGUCUGGCUAGGGACCUUUAAUACCGCAGAGGAAGCAGCUUUGGCAUAUGAUCAAGCAUCAUACUCGAUGAGGGGUUCCUCAUCUGUAGUAAACUUUUCAGUUGAAACCGUUAAGGACUCCCUAAAUGGCAUCCAACAAUUCAGCAACAUGGAUGGAGAGUCUCCUGCACUCGCUAUAAAGGCGAUGCAUAAGCUUCAGCGAAUGUCUUUGUCAUCCAAUUCGAGUGAAGAAAACAAGCAGCAGAAAGACUUGCUGAUUUUGGAAGAUCUAGGAUCUGACUUGUUGGAGGAGUUGUUAAGUUCAUGGUGAUUAUUUUACUUUUCU